UAUAAGGAAGUACAGCGAGAACGUCUCCGGGGCUGAGCUACCUUUAUUUUUAGCAUGAGUUUAGGCAUAUUGUCAUCAAACAUUAAACAGUGGCUCUGCCGAGCUUGAUUCCUUAGUGUGGGCCAGCAGAUGGAGGAGCGGAUAUUUAGUGAGCUGUAGAGUGAGCAUGAGUACGAGCUACCCCACGCCGCUUUAUUCCCACGCUGGACGAGGAGACUUCCGAGAGGUUUACGAGCCGGCGGAGGACUCCUUCCUCCUGAUUGAUGCUCUGGAGAAAGACGCAGACCGGCUACAGCGGAUGAGCCCGUGUGUAUGUUUGGAGGUGGGCAGUGGCUCAGGAGUGGUGUCUGCAUUCCUGGCGUCGGUGGUGGGACCUUCGGCUUUAUAUAUUUGCACUGAUGUGAAUCCUGCAGCAGCACAAUGCACAGCAGAGACUGCUUCCUGUAACAGGGUGUCCCUGCAGCCGGUGAUCACAGACCUGGCUGACUCUCUUCUCCCCCAGCUGUGUGGGAAAGUGGACAUACUCCUCUUUAACCCUCCCUACGUGGUUACGCCUUCAGAAGAGGUGGGCAGCACAGGCAUCGAAGCCGCCUGGGCUGGAGGGGAGAGAGGGCGAGAGGUGACAGACAGAUUUCUGCCAGCUGUGGUGCAGCUGCUGUCCGAUAAAGGGCUGUUUUACCUCAUCACAAUUGCUGAGAAUGAUCCAGAGGAGAUCAUCCACCUACUGAGCCAAAGUGGCUUGAAGGGAGAGUCCUGUUUGUCUACAAGAGCGAGAAACGAGAGGCUGUCCGUCCUGCGUUUCCACAGGAACCAACAAACAUGACCUCCUUGGACAUGUUUGUCCAGGAUGCAUUUCUUUUAGCCCCUGAGGUAGAAUUCAACAAGAGCAAAUCAUGGACAACUGGACUGCUGUUGAAUCUCCAGAGGACGAACAGCAUGGGAAAACUGCAAGGAAUUGGAUCAAAGGAUAUUUGUAAUCCAAGCUGGCUCCAUGGAAGGACAUUUAGUCCUAAAUGUCCUUCCAUGUAGCCAUGGACAAAAAACAGCCACUAUAAAAAUAAAUGAUUGAAAUCCUUAUAAUUGACUGUUUGCAUUCAACCACAGUUUUUAUUAUCAAGUCACCAAUGAUAACAUUCAAAACCUCAUAAUCAAGCAUUCAGAUACUGUAACAAGAAGGCUCAUCAUGCUAAAUCUGUUAUUUAGUGAGUCCAAUGCAAA